UGGUUUGUGGAUGCACUUCCCGACGGCUACCACUACGUUGGUCCAAAACUAAACACGAGCUAUGAGCCAAACUUGUGCGACUGCAGUUCUGUAGUGUACCAACUUAUGUCGGCGUGCGCUGCGUGUCAGAAUCGGACAUACAUAACGUAUCCUAACUGGGGAGCUAACUGUAGCAGCAUUGCGAUCGUGGAAGGCGAAUAUCGGCCAUCAUUGAUUCCUCCCGGCACUCUCGUGCCCAACUGGGCAUACAUUAAGCCCUCUAUCUACAAUGAAAUCUUCAACAUUGAUGCUGCACAAGGCGUUGGUGAUAAACCCGAGAGUUCUCAGGUGUUUUCGUCCACUGGCACGACAUCCAGCACGAGCUUCACAGUUUCCACCGUCACGACUUCUGCGUCCACUGACACAUACCCAACUAUUGUUACCACGACUGCCACCAACAAUGGGGGCGGUGGAGGCAGAAGUUCAAAUACUGGCGCCAUUGUAGGAGGAGUAGUCGGAGGUGUGGUUGGCCUUGCCCUGGUUGCAGUUCUCGCUAUGUUAGUUUUCAAAAGAUCAAGUUCAGGCGGGGAUCCCGCUGGCUAUCCGCAGGGUCUCUCGCAGCCUACGACCAUAGCCGGGAAUACGCAACCUGCUUCGUAUGAAGAACCUUGGGCUGGGCCGCAUGCACCCCGAAAUCCGAACGGACGGUACAGUGGCCUCCCUGAGGCCUAAGAUUUUUGUAUUCCGAACCUUGGCUUGAGGGUGGCCCCUGUUUUGGACAUCUAUCACCAUUUAAAAUGGCGCUGCUUCUGAAAUUUGUGUCGCAUUUUCCUUGGGGGAAGGGGAUGAAGGUGAAAUGGAACUCGAUCUACGAUCGUGUGCUCGCUUCGCAUUAGCAUUUACUGAGAUACCCCUGGUUAAACACAAACCGGCACCUACCUCCAACAAACCAUCAUUGCCUGGCAGACUGAUCCAUCGCUUCACCCAAUCUCGCCAUCCUGUAUUCGUAGUUUGUGCCAGUUAUGCAGUGAGAUUGAUAUGCUG